AUGAUUAUAUGUAGGCAUCCAACUGUUACACGUCCACUUCGAUUCAAAUGGAAAGCUUUCCUUAGAGAGCAUAAAUCACGCUAUCAUCUUACGAAAUAUAUGAGUCAGCAACUCACUUUCGAGAGUAUUAUACAUGAUUUCACACAACAGGCUACAGCUGCAGAAAAGGUCAAUGACGUUAAACACAGCCGGCAAUCGGUAACUUCUAUUAGAAAGAGCUCGGAGAGAAGCACAAGAUCGGAGAUCAUUGAAUUUCUCGUGAAGUGUGGAAUACCAUAUAGUCUAACUCCAUAUUUGGGUGAUAUUCGCACGAAAUGUUUGCACUGCAAGUCGCUGGACACAGCGUGCAUUUCGUUUCGUGACACCAGUAUAAUGUGCACUAUAUGUGGCCAUGCAACUACAUUCGACAUUUUCAGGGCAAAGCGAAAAACUAGAGUGUGUAGUAUUGAGAUGAAAAUUUGGAUUUCCGGACUCAUUUCAUUCGAUGAUGGAAACAGUACGUUCCGAGGGAAUGUAGUGUGUUUUAUUGAUAUGGGUGGUCGUAGAAUUGCCUUAUCAUUCAAGUCUCGUGUUUUGAAUACUACAAAUAACAGCAAUUCAAGAGCGAAAGUUUUUAAGUUGCUAUUGGAAGAGGUCGAACGACAGCCAGUGGAAGAGACAAAACCAUUCGUCUUACGUCCAUUAUUACAAAAAGAUCCGAAAGAAGGCACGUGGAAAUACGUCACAGCAUUGCAAGUACCAAAAGAAGUGGAGGUCACUUUGGAAGAAGGUCGUGGGAAAGGCAACCAUUUGCCUGCAAUGGACGAUGCUAGUCCUAUAUAUCUUUUUUCUUGUUAUUCGUUUAAACAGGGAGAUGUUUAA